CUUUCCAUCAAUGCCUCCAAUCGGGUCCUUUUCUUUAUUUCAGCAUUAUCAAUGAAUUGAGCACAUCAAGAUGUGAAUACAAACUAAUUAAUGAUUCCGUCAUAUUAUGGGAAAACGGAAUCAAUGAAAAGGAGAUUGUACAUCUGUUCUCAUUUAUUGAUUCAUAAACCAUACAGAAUCCUAAUUUAAUUUCGAUAUUUAGAGUACAGCUUCUUUUUCAUAAAUCUGAGUACUCUUUCAGAAUCUUCAAUUUGGCAGCCAGUCAAUUUGAAUCCUCAAAUUCAAUCAUUUCGCGCAAAUUCACGUCAUUCCUUAGUUAUUAGAGUUUCCUAUUUUUUCUUUCAAGUAAAAAAUCACUCUUUAUUGUAUAAAUUUCUAGGUUUAUAAUAUAAUUAAAACUAUACUUAUAAGUUAUACCCCUCCUCUCGCUCUCUCAUUUUUCUCACUCUUCAGUUGUUUAGAGCAGAAGAAAUGAGUAAUGGAGUUUCAAGCAUCGACACAGUUCCUACCAGAAUUGAGGGAAAGUUUAAGGCAACGGUGGUUUGUUGGUUUCUUGGACUCGGAUCUCUCGUCUCUUGGAAUAGUAUGCUGACAAUUAGUGAUUAUUACUACAAAAUUUUUCCAGAUUACCACCCUUCAAGAGUACUCACUCUGGUUUAUCAGCCAUUUGCGAUCGGGUCAAUGGUGAUUCUUGCUUACAAAGAGGCCAAGAUCGAUACAAGGAAAAGAAACAUUUUUGGUUACACCCUUUUCUGCCUAAGCACAUGUGCACUUCUCUUAAUCGAUAUAGCCACAUCAGGGAAAGGAGGGAUUGGGAAUUAUAUAGGUGUGUGCGUGUUUGUUGCUGCUUUUGGAGUUGCAGAUGCUCAUGUUCAAGGUGGAAUGGUUGGGGAUUUAUCCUUCAUGUGCCCUGAGUUUAUGCAGUCAUUCUUCGCUGGCGUGGCUGCUUCGGGCGCCCUAACCUCCGGCUUGAGGCUCGUCACGAAAGCAGCUUUUGAUAAGAAAGAGGAUGGCCUUAGAAAGGGAGUUAUGAUGUUUCUUGCAAUCUCGACGUUCUGUGAGUUUCUGUGUAUAUUCGUCUACACGUUCGUGUUUGGGAAACUGCCUAUUGUGAAGCAUUUCCGAAAGAAGGCAGCAUCAGAAGGAUCGAUGACAGUUACAGCCGAUCUUGCAGCAGCCGGAAUCAAGACUACAGAUGGCGAAAUUGUAGAUGAUGUUAAGCAGGAUAGGUUGAGUAACAAGGAGUUGUUGCUUCAAAACCGUGGUUAUUGUUUCGAUCUUUUCCUUAUAUACGUGCUCACUCUGUCAAUUUUCCCUGGCUUCUUGUACGAGAACACGGGUAAACACGGACUAGGCGAUUGGUAUGCGCUUGUCCUAAUAGCAAUGUACAAUGUUUGGGACCUGAUAGCAAGGUACAUUCCUCUGAUCGAUUGCAUAAGGUUGGAAUCGAAAAAGGGUCUUAUGAUAGCAUGCUUGUCGCGUUUCUUGCUCGUUCCUUGCUUCUAUUUCACGGCCAAUUAUGGGGAUCAAGGGUGGAUGAUUUUGUUGGUGUCAUUCUUGGGGCUGUCUAACGGAUACCUAACUGUUUGCGUCCUCACAGUUGCCCCGAGAGGCUACAAGGCACCAGAGCAAAACGCGCUCGGGAAUUUGUUGGUAGUGUUCCUUCUUGGUGGUAUAUUUGCGGGCGUUGUUCUCGACUGGUUGUGGGCCAUCGGAAAAGGCCCUUUCUAAACGCCUCGUUUAGAUUUCAUGUAUCAUUGCCCAGUAUGCAAUUUUCAUUCGCACAAAGUAGUCGAAAUGAAUUGGGAGGUAGUUAAAUGAAUUUGUGUUAUAAUUGUACACACUUGAAGUUGAUGGCUACACCAAUUAUGUCCUUCGUGUAAGAGGAAUUGUAUUGAUAUACAAGUAAACACUUAUUUAUUUCCA